AUGUCUGAGUGUGUUUUUUCGAGGCUAUCCGAUGAUGUAAUUCUUAACAUACUUUACAAGCUUGAGGAUGAUCCGCGACACUGGGCUAGGAUAGCUUGUGUCUCCCCUAAAUUCGCAUCUCUCGUCCAGAUCGUGUGUUGCAAAACCAAAUGUUUGCAGACUAUUCCUGCCGUUGUUUCAGAUCUACUUUCCAAUGUCUCCACUUCGGCUGCCACACCGCCUGGUGGCUGGGCCUCCCUUUACAAGCUCGCCGUCUGCUGCCCCGGCCUCCUCCACUCCGGCGUGCUUCUUGAGAACUCCGAUUUCGGGCUGGAGCGGGAGCUUGGUCCUGAUGAGAAUUAUCAAGAAAAUAAGGUACUCCCUCCCAAAAAAUCUGAAACAAUUGCUUCUUCAAGCGGGGGUAAUUCCGAGUUGACUGUUUCUGGGUCUGAUUGUGGAUGGUCCUUGUAUGAUGAUUUAUUUUUUGAUACCGUUUAUAAUGCUUCCGAAUCGUCGUCAUCUCAAGACCGUGCUGAAAUGUCAAAAGAGCAAACUGAAAUUAGGGAUAGGGAGAAACUGGAGCACGAUGCUGAUUUUACUGUACCUAAGAGGAGGAAGAUUUGUAGGCCACUUAGGUCUCAUUUGGCUUCCGGCGUAUGGAAUUUGAGCCGUGAGCAAGGGAAUAAGUUGCUUGCGAGCAGAUUUAAAGGAGAUUGCUUGUACAUUUGCAUUUGGCCUGGUUGUGCUCACAUUGAGGAGAAGCGGAAUUAUAUGCUCUUUAGGGGGAUUUUCAAGAAUUUCAAGCAGUCAAGGGUUUGGAGGACGAUUAACGAUGGGAAUAGGAACAAGAUUGAUCUGAAUUGUGCCUUCUGCACCUCCAAAGAAACCUGGGAUUUGCAUUCUUCCUUUUGUUUGAGAAGGUGUUUUGGGUACCAUGACGAUGGAGAGCCAGUGGUUCGUGCUUAUGUUUGCGAUAAUGGACAUGUGUCGGGGGCAUGGACGGAUUGGCCAUUAAUUCUAAUCGUUGAAAUUUUGCAUGAGGGAAGGAUUGGAAGGAUUCCUAGCAUUUGGGACAUCUUUGCUCAUUCUGGUCAUACUCAUGGAGCCACUGGAGAUGUAGCCUGUGACGGAUAUCACAAAUACAAGGAAGAUAUCGAGCUAAUGGUGGACAUGCAUUUGGAGGCCGUCAGAUUAUCCAUAUCAUGGUCAAGGCUUAUUCCUAAUGGAAGAGGACCUAUCAACCCAAAAGGGCUACAAUACUACAAUAAUCUCAUUGACGAACUUAUAAGCCACGACGUGUGCUUCAGGGAAUUCGGUGACAGGGUUUUGUACUGGACAACCAUUAAUGAAGCCAAUAUAUUUGCCCUGGGAGCUGCUGCAAAACUGUACAAGAAGAAAUACAAGGCCACUCAAAAUGGUUUCCUGGGAUUGAACGUGUAUACUGUAUGGUUUAUUCCUUAUACAAAUUCAACAGAAGAUGUGAUUGCAGCUCAAAGAGCUAAGGACUUCUAUGUUGGUUGGUUAGUUGAUCCCGUUAUCUAUGGAGACUAUCCUGACAUAAUAAAGAAAAAUGUCGGGAAGAGACUUCCAGCCUUUACCGCAUAUGAGUCGAAGCAAAUCAAGGGAUCAGCUGACUUUAAAGGAGUCAACAACUACACAACACUUCAGUUAGCUAUCUAUCAUUCAGAUAAUGCUGUUCCUCCAGUGAAAAGUUCACUUUGCAACUGGAAUAAUCUGAGAUAUGGCCAGAUGACACGACGCAAUGGAACACUUUAUGACAAGUCACGAGUAGAAUAUUUGCAUGCUUACAUUGGGGCCAUGCUUGAUGCUAUAAGGAAUGGAUCGAACACGAGGGGAUAUUUCGCAUGGACGUUCUUAGAUUGUCUUGAGUUGUUGGAUGGCUACGGGACUUCCUUCGGCCUUCACUACGUCGAUUUGGACGACAAGAACCUAACGAGAUAUCCGAAGCUUCUGCACACUGAUAACAUUAUGCUGCUGCAAGCAAGCUCCUUUCUUUCCCUGCUAUUUUUGCUGACGACGGCCGCGCACGGCGGCGAUUAUACCAGAGCAGACUUUCUGGCAGACUUUAUUUUUGGAUCUGGAACUUCUGCUUAUCAAUAUGAGGGAGCAGCGUUCGAUGAUGGAAGGACUCCUAGCAUUUGGGAUAUCUUUGCUCAUUCUGGUCAUACUCAUGGAGCCACUGGAGAUGUAGCCUGUGACGGAUAUCACAAAUACAAGGAAGAUAUCGGGAUAAUGGUGGACAUGCACUUGGAGGCCUUCAGAUUAUCCAUAUCAUGGUCAAGGCUUAUUCCUAAUGGAAGAGGACCUAUCAACCCAAAAGGGCUACAAUACUACAAUAAUCUCAUUGACCAGCUUAUAAGCCACGGAAUCCAACCACAUGUUACAUUAAAUCAUAUUGAUCUACCACAAGCACUUGAAGAUGAGUAUGGGGGAUGGCUUAGUCGCAAGAUUGUGAAGGACUUUGUGUUGUACGCAGACUUGUGCUUCAGAGAAUUCGGUGACAGGGUUUUGUACUGGACUACCAUUAAUGAAGCCAAUAUAUUUGCCCUGGGAGGUUACAACGAAGGAAUCAUUGCCCCAGGACGCUGUUCACCAUCAUUGGGAACUAAUUGUUCGAAGGGUAACUCUUCAAUUGAGCCAUAUAUCGUGGUACAUAAUGUCUUGCUGGCACAUUCAGCUGCUGCAAAACUUUACAAGAAGAAAUACAAGGCCACUCAAAAUGGUUUCCUGGGAUUGAACGUGUAUACUUUAUGGUUUAUUCCUUAUACAAAUUCAACAGUAGAUGUGAUUGCAACUCAAAGAGCUAAGGACUUCUAUGUUGGUUGGUUAGUUGAUCCCGUUAUCUAUGGAGACUAUCCUGACAUAAUAAAGAAAAAUGUCGGGAAGAGACUUCCAGCCUUUACCGAAUAUGAGUCGAAGCAAAUCAAGGGAUCAGCUGACUUUAUAGGAGUGAACCACUAUACAACAGUACACAUCAAGGACAACCCCAGCACCCUCAAAAUGAAUAACAGGGAUUUUUAUGAUGAUAUGGCAGUAGAGCUUAUAUAUAAUCAGGGCAGUGAACUGACGGAUGAGUAUGCUAUCAUGCCUUCGGGUCUUUAUGGAGUUCUGGAGUAUCUAAAACAAGUUUACGACAAUCUACCUAUUUACGUCCAUGAAAAUGGCCAGAUGACACGACGCAAUGGAACACUUUACGACAAGUCACGAGUAGAAUAUUUGCAUGCUUACAUUGGGGCCAUGCUUGAUGCUAUAAGGAAUGGAUCGAACACGAGGGGAUAUUUCGCGUGGACGUUCUUAGAUUGUCUUGAGUUGUUGGAUGGCUACAGGACAUCCUUCGGCCUUCACUACGUCGAUUUGGAUGACAAGAACCUAACGAGAUAUCCGAAGCUUUCUGCACACUGGUACUCAAAUUUCUUGAAAGGGAAGAGCACAAGCUCAAAUGCAAUUACUGAAGUUGGAGAUAACACAUUUGUUCCUCGGACAGGUUAA